CCAGCGCUGCGCCCAAGCCCGCCAGCCUCUCCGCCAUCGCGCCCCGAGAAUCCCCGACCUCGUCCUCCUCUCAUGCCGGACUCGCGCCUCUCCGAAACUGCACCGAGGUGAUGGAGGCUUUGGCCCUGGACGUCACCUCACUUGGGGACGAGGGAGCCCAGAUGAUAACGUUAGUCGAAACGGCAAGCUUAGAAGAUGAGGCAACACAGCACAAUGUCCACAUCCUCACAGCAAAUCAGCUGGAAAGUAAUUCUCCAGAUCACUUGCAAGAUAACCCACAUACACAGAUGCAUAAUUCCGUUCAUCAGUCACUUGUGCCCAAGGUCCUUAAGAGUCCCCACUGCCUGGUCUGCAACGCUAAGCUUGGAGUCUCGGCAAGGGGUGCAAUGGAGGUCUUCUCUGAUAGGGCAAAAACUUCACAUCGACAACUCCAAGUUCAUGCUGUCUUGAGUGACAUUGUCAACCAGGAGUUGAAUCCCAUUGCAAUUCAUUCCAGUAUUGUGUGCAAGAAAUGUUUUAAAUUAAUAGAUGACAUAGACUCCAUGGAAGGACAACUAAUUAAUAUGAAGCAGGUGGUCACUAACAAAUAUCUAAGAACCCUAGCCUUAGUUAAGCAAGAUCUUACUGAGGAUAAUGUUGACAGAGUGCUGGAGGAAGACUCACUUAAUCUAGAAGCAGCUAAUCUUGCAAAAGAUGACAAGGACUUCAAAAUUUACAUGGGAUUAAGUGGAAACCGUGCAAGGAGAGGGCGCCGAGGCAAGGGCCGUGGACGUCCAGCUAGUGUUAAGUUAGAAGUGAAACAGGAGGAAUCUGUAGAGGUGAUCACAGGCCUUGCUGCCAGUGAAUCAGUUGAGACACUGAAACAUCAGGAAGUCUGUGUGCAGGGCCUCCUAAGCUCCUCUGACAGUAAUGAUGGUUUGGGGGCUCACUUGGAGGAGAGCCUUGAGGAUGACGGAGGUGCCGACAUGCUCAUGGUGGAGGAGGAGAUUUUGGAUGACUCAGCUGUGGCGGAGGCAGUGGAAGAUGUUAUGGAGGUGGAUGGGCUGGACCUGGAGGACACAGAUGGUUGUGUGCAGAUUGGUUCCCUGACUCUCCCUACCCUGACCCCGCAUGGCCUGGGUGUAGAGCAUGACUCGCAGGACAUGAGUGAAGAACACAACCUGCUUGAUGAUGGUGUGGAGAAGUACAAGUGCCGAUUUUGCUCUCUGAAGAUGAGCGUCUUGGUUGAGAUACAGAGGCAUAUGCGUGAGGUACAUCCUGAUCGACUGUUUGAAUGUGAAGUUUGUCAAGAAAGGCUACCAACCAAAGCAGAAUUAUGUGAUCAUUUAGGACAACAUAUUGCCUCAGGAGAAAAACCUUACUCUUGCACCAUGUGUUCAAGAAGAUAUGCACUUCCAAGGCAACUGAAGGAACACUUACGUCAUCACAUGAACAAGACCUUUGCAUGUUCCCAGUGUCCAAAACGCUUCCGAUCUGAACCUGCUCUUCAGGAACACUUCAAUCUUCACACAGGAAAUAGACCAUAUGGCUGUGAUCAAUGCAAUAAGAAAUUCACAUCAAAACAUGUUCUCAAAACACACAUGAAAACACAUGGUGUGCGACAUAGACCCCACCAGUGCCGAACUUGUGGUAAACUCUUCCUAACAUCGCAUCAUUUAACCGAUCAUAUGAAUGUCCACGAGGGUAAGAAAAACUUCAUAUGUGAAACUUGUGGAAAAGCAUUUGCUACCCAGAGGAGUCUAGACUUACAUGCUAUUACUCACUCUGGUGUCAAAAACUUUGCAUGUACAAUAUGUAAUAAGCUUUUUGCAAGAAAGGGGGAGGUUGAAGACCAUGAGAGAAUUCACACAGGUGAAAAGCCAUUCCAGUGUGAAAUAUGUGGGUCAACCUUCAGCCAAAGGAGUAAUUUGCAAUCACAUAAGAGAACAACACAUUUCCAAGAGAAGAGGUAUCAAUGUACACAAUGUAGCAAAGCAUUUAAAAGGAAGAGACUGUUAGUUUACCAUGUAAUGAGUGUUCACACUGGUGAAAGGCCUUACAAGUGUGAGCAAUGUAAUGCAGGUUUUGUAUACCCAGAACAUUAUAAGAAGCACUUGAGAAUACAUACAGGUGAGAAGCCCUUCAAAUGUGAAAUAUGUGGGAAGACUUUCAAUUCCAGAGAUAAUCGCAAUGCUCACAAGUUCAUCCAUUCAGACAAAAAGCCUUAUGAGUGCAUCCUUUGUGGUGCUGGGUUUAUGCGCAAACCAAUGCUUGCAUCACAUCUUCAGCAACAUGGACAUACAGAGAAUCUAGAAGGAUACAUGAAAGUCAAUCCUCCAACUGUAGUUGCUGCUGAAAAUGGAGAAGGAGUGCCAAGCCCAUCAGGUACUGUAAGAACCAUGAAAUUAGAUGAUGAGCAAAGUCUUGAACCAAGUUUAGAUACACCAGUACAGUUAGUGCGUGGUGGGGUGCGAGACGGAGAAACGGUUGAAGUAGUUUCAAGGCCAGUUCACAUCAUUGAAACUGAUGAUAUUCCAAGGUACAUUAUACACACAACUGGUACAGGUGAACGUACAGAGGAAGGUGUUGGACACUUCUUUGCUUCCCUUCAGGGCCAAGUUGUAGAGGUGCGUGCAGAGGAUAUUGAAAGAUACACUGACCUGACCUCUGAUCAAAUGACCCAUGUAGCUCAGGUUGCUGCCCAAGUAGUGACAGGACAGACAUCUAAUAAUGGAAUUCAGCAGGUUGCUGUUUCAAGUGACCUUAGACCAUUCCAUAUCCAGCUAGAACCAGCAACUCGGGAAAUCACCCUGCAAACGCAGGCAGGUAGUGCUCGGGAGGUUACCGCUUCCAUAGGUGUCCCGACAGCCACAACUGUGACAACACGUGAAGUAACCUUGCCCUCUGGGAGCCAGGUUCAGGGGACACCAGGAACAGCAGUUUUGGUUGGGAACAGACAAGUACAAUAUGAAGCAAGUGGACUAGGGCAGGGCACACUUCGGAAAGUUCUGACGGACAGAGAUGAAAUACGAACCAUAUCUGUUCAUAAUAUGACUCCCACAACAGAUACCCGGACUGUUAGAACGUGGCCGCAACAAACCAUAAACACAUCUACUCCAAACUUUAUUGGAAAUUGAUAUAUCAGCAUUAUUAAUUUGCUUAGAACAUCAGUUAUUACUGGAUGUAAGGCAUGAUGUUUAUUAGGUCUACAGCUUUAAUAUGACAUGUUUUAUAUGUCAGUUCAAAGUAUAAAUUCUUGUACAUGUUAUAUGGCUUAAAAAUUUUGUAAAAUUUGUUUUUUAGAAGAUUGACAUAUUGCAGACUUAAAUUUGUACCGACUGUAUUUGGUAGGAAGUAAACAAAGUUUGACAAUGCAUACAUUCCAUUUUCACGUAUUGCAGGAUUUCACUAGUUGAAACAAGAGUGAUAGUCUGUAUUUUUGCAGGUUCUUAUUGGAGUAUGUAUAUGGUUUAUUACUUACUGUAUAAAAAAAAGGAAAUUAUCCAAAUGUUUA